GUAAUAUAAUUUAUAUUCGCGUUGUUGUUAUGGGGAUCAACGGGAAAAAAACGUCUGGAUGUCGUGAUAAAUAUGUAUUUGUAGUUUUUCUUGUCUUCAUAAUUACCCAGUGACUGUCCAAUGAGAAUUACAGGGAGGGGAGGCAGAGAGCGAGAGCAAGCGAGAGAGAGUGAAGUUGAGAGAGACACAUUCGGAGAGACAGUGUGAGCGAUAGAAUGAGUGAGUGAGGUAAAGGAAGAGUUGCAUAGUAAAUCAUAUUUGUCAUUUAUAGGCUACCUGUUUUUUGUAGCAUAGCGUGUUUGCAUGUAGAUGUCGAGUAGUCUAGCGAUUCAGUUAUUUUAUAUGGUGAGAAUGCUGACGGAGAUUUUCAUAUCAACAGUAGGUUCAUAAUAUAAUCAUGAAAGAUUAUUCAGUUCUUUCAUUUUUAAGGACAUUUGAAAUAAUCGAUAUGCGUGAUAUCAAUUCAUUGAUCCCUGGACUGACGGAGAUAAAGACUGAUUGAUUCUACAACUGCGAAUUGAGGGAAGGAAUCAUCCAGCACAGAGGGAAGGAAGGGAACCAGUGAAUUAUUUGGGAGAAAUCAAAGCGCUCCGUCUCCUGUGAGGACCUGUCGCUGGUCUCGCACCUAGAAGAAGGGGAGCAGAAGAUGAUGGAAUGGCCGUGACAACAUGAAAAAGAAAAAGUGUGGGGGUCUAUUUUCAUCCAGCCAGUGAUUCAACACGACUGACCUGGGGACAGAGAAGGGGAAGAGACGAGAGUGGCCUGUCGCCCUCCGGCCCCCACCAUGGAGCCCCCUCCCUCUCUGAGCUUGACUCUCCUGGGAGGCAGUGAGGACGAGGACCCGCGUUUCCCCCUCCCUCUGAGUGGAAUCUCCCACUCCUCCAUGACCGGCAACUACCCGGGAUCAAACCACUCCAACCACAGGGGGGGAUCCAGCCUGGACCGGCUGAAUGGGUCCCCCACUACACCUAACAUGCCCAAGGCCUCCCUCCCCAAACUGCCUCUGUCCUCAGUGGGGGGUCAACCCCUGCGCCCCCUCCCCAAUGCCCUUCACCCCACCAGCACCCCUCUGUCCUCGUGCCUGGGUUCCCAGCACAGCCUGAGUGGAGACAACUCCCCAGUCUACAACGCCCUCUUUUACUCCUCACACUCCCCUUCCAUGGAGAGAGAGAGGGACAGGGAUAGAGAGAGGGGAUGUAAGCACCGCCAGGCCAGCCCGCUGGUCCAUCGGAGAGACAGCAACCCUUUCACAGAGAUCGCCAUGAGCUCCUGUAAAUACACAGGCGGCGUGAUGAAACCUCUCAGUCGCCUCAGCGCCUCCAGACGCAACCUCAUCGAAUCAGACAGCGGCAGCGACACCAAAGAGGGCGGGGCAGCACCUGUUACCGGCACAACUGCCAUUGGAGGGCGGGGACCGGGACAGAGAGGCUCCACCCACUUCCUCAUCCUUGCCAUCCUCCAAUCAACCAACCCAGAAUCCUCCAGAGAUAGUGAUCUCAUCAAAAGAGGACUCGCCGUACGCGAGGGGUUAUGA